AUGUAUUUUCUUUCUCUCUUUUUACUUCCAUUUCUUUCUUUUCUUUUUUCACCUUUUUACCUUUUUCUCCUUGAUAUGCUCUCUUUUUUGAAAUACUCCUUUUCUGUCAUCUGUAUAUUGCUUCUCUUUCCCUUUUCUUUCAGUCUUUUAUACUUGUUGCUCUAUCUUUACUUCCAAAUUUUCCUCACAAUUCUUUAUGUCAUUCUUUUCCCCACUCUCCUCUGUCUUCUUAUCUUUUGGCUUGCCAUUUUUAUUUUUAAUGGUUUUCCUUUUCUUUUUCCUUUUCUUCUACUUUCUUUCCUUGUCUCUAUUUUUAUUCCAUCUUUUUCUACUUUUUUGGCUCACUCUCUCUCCCAUACUUCUUUUCUUGAUCACAUUUUCAACAUCUUUUCUGUUUUUUACUUUCUUUCCUCUUUUUUUUUUCUUAUUUCAAUUCACAUGCUCUUCUUCUCUUGCUCCUAUUUAAUCUCUCUGUAUUUUUAUUGUUCUAUUCAGUUUUAUCACAUUUUCCAUUUUUCUCUAUCUCAGUCUCUUCAGUUGUAUUCACUUUAUUUUUCUUUUAAUUUUAAGCCUUUUCCUUUUACUAGUCAGUCUUUUAAAUUUCAACUUCAUUUCUCACUCUCUCUCUUUAUUCUCCUUUCAUAUUAUUUUUUAAAUCUUCCAUUUUGUCAUAGCCUCUUUUCUUAUUCUUUCUAUUCAAUUCUCUUUUUUAUAAAUGAAUCUUUAUCCAUUACAAUUUUAUUUGUUUUCUUCACAUUCUUCCAUCUCUUUUUCAUUUUAUCACACUUGUUGCAUUUUUGUUUUCUAUACAUUUCUCUCUUUUAUAUUCUUUCUCUUUACAUAUUUCCCUAUUAUCUCAUUUUUUUUAGUUUCAAUUGGCUUUACGUUUUCUUCAAAUUUUUCCUUUUUUUAUUCUUCACUUUACUCUCUCUCUCUCUCUCUCUCUCUCCAAAUCUCCUCACUCAUAUUUUCCAAUUAUUUCUCCAUUCCGACACUUUCUGUUUUCCCUCUCCUCUUACUUAUAUGACUCAGAUGUCUUUCUGUUUACUCUUUAGAAGUCUCUCAUUUCUCUUUCACAUAUUUAUUAUUAUUAUUAUUAAUGCUCUCUUUGUCAUUCUCUUUCUCUCUCUCUCUCUCUCUCUCUUUAAGGCUGAGAUGGUGGGUGGCAAGUACUUUUCAUACCAUCCUCCCACUAUCUUCAUAAAACUUCCUCCUCCUUUCAUUUCUCCUACCAUUCCACUUUUUAAUGUUAUGUCUGUUCACUUCCUCUUCUUUUCCUGCCUCACCCUUCUUUCAUCUCUGGUUUUGAGCAUUAGUCAGAGCUUAUUCUGUCACAUUUUCUUUUCAAGUGUUUCUCUCUCUUUCUUUCUCUCUCCAUUUUUCACUCUCUUUCUUUCUCUCUCUCUCUCUCUCUCUCUCUUUCACUAUCUCUUUCUUCCUCAAGCUCCUAUCAUGUUUCAUUCCCUUUUCAUUUUUUUAGUAUUUCCUCAAUUUUUCUUUACAGCUUUAUUCUCCUUUUCUUUUACUCAUAACAUUUGUCUUGGAUAUUGUAUUGUUUAUCUCUUACUUUCUCUUAAUUCUCAUUUGCUUUCUCAAUUUUCCCCUUCAUCUCUGUCAUUAACACUUACACUUCUGUCAAUUCUUCCUUUCCUUGCUCUCCUUUUGCCACUUCAAUUUCAUUUCUCGUUUCCCUCUCUUUUUUUUAUAACUUUUUUUUUACUCUCCCACAUUAGUUUAACUUGUUUUUACAGCUCUCAGUGUCAAUUGUCACUUAUUUCUUAUUUUCUGUCUAAAAUAAGCUUUUUUUUUUCACUUCCUCAUCCACCUUCUUUUUGUCAUAUUUAUUACUUUCUGUUUAACAUUUUUCUUUUGUUCCUUACAUUCUCUUUCUAUUUAAUUCUCUUUUAUUCUCAUCUUUCAUUGUGGCAAAUAUUCUUUUCUUUAUGA